AAAUGCUUUGUUUACACUGAGCACACAACGACAUAACGAAAGAAUAUUCUUUCCCAGUUCAAGUGAUUCUUCAUCUCCUAAGCAUUAAAUACAAACAUUGAGCAGAGAAAAACUGGUAGUGGUAGGUUGAAACUAUAUAGUUAACGAAGCUUGGAUUAUUGUGCUUGUGAAUUGUGGCACCACUCUUAGUUUUUAUCGAACUAUAUAAACUGUCAUAAGCUGUUUAAAACGUGACUUUUGGGGCCACAAACCACAUCAAACACCUACUUCUUCUGUGCCAUUACAUAUUUACAUUCAUACUUCUGCUAUUCCAGUUUCUGUUCCUUUUCCCUCUCAAUAAUUGACAUCAUAUCACGUAGCUUCUGUAUCACCUUCAUCUUCUUCCACCAACAUUGUUUUCAUUGUCAUCCUUACACAAAGCAGAGAAUGGCUACUGAAGUAUAUCACCACGCUAUUGGAACCUUCCAAUCCCAUUCCUGCUUCAACAAUAUUAGCCAUCACCAAAAGCUUAGGAACAAUGUAUUAAAGCUGGAGGCAAAGGAUUUUUUCAGCAGUAAAUGCCUGUUAAGGACAGGAACUAAAAUUAAUAGCUCUAGGCAGAGGAAUUGCAGUGCAAUUCGAUCUUCAACUUCUCAAACAUCAAUGGUUGAUACAGUGUCAUCAUCCCCUUCAAGAAGAAAUACAAGUGACACUCCCAAGAAAUCAAGUGAAGCUGCGCUGAUCCUUAUUAGACAUGGCGAGUCCUUGUGGAACGAAAAAAACUUAUUCACAGGUUGUGUUGAUGUUCCACUAACCGAGAAGGGCAUAGAUGAGGCAAUUGAAGCUGGCAAAAGAAUUAGCAACAUUCCAGUUGAUGUCAUAUUCACAUCUGCUUUAAUUCGUGCACAAAUGACAGCCAUGCUUGCCAUGACACAGCACCGUCGUCGGAAGGUGCCUAUUAUAAUGCACAAUGAGAGUGAACAAGCAAGGGAAUGGAGUCAAGUUUUUAGUGAAGAUACAAAAAAGCAAUCCAUUCCAGUCAUAACAGCUUGGCAACUAAAUGAAAGAAUGUAUGGGGAGCUACAGGGUCUCAAUAAGCAAGAAACAGCAGACAAAUAUGGAACGGAACAAGUCCAUGAAUGGCGCCGAAGUUAUGACAUACCUCCACCAAAUGGCGAAAGUUUGGAAAUGUGUGCUCAAAGAGCAGUUGCCUAUUUUAGAGACCAAAUUGAACCACAGCUUUUAUCUGGAAAGAAUGUUAUGAUUGCAGCCCAUGGAAAUUCACUGAGAUCCAUUAUCAUGUAUCUUGACAAACUUACUUCCCAAGAGGUUAUUAGUUUAGAACUAUCAACUGGAAUUCCAAUGCUAUAUAUUUUCAAAGAAGGAAGAUUCAUAAGGAGGGGUAGUCCCAUAGCCCCAACCGAAGCUGGUGUUUAUGCCUAUACUAGGGGUUUGGCUCUUUACAGACAGAGGUUGGAUGACAUGUUUCAAUGAUAUUUUUAAGGGAACAUAUCAGUUAUCAAGCAUCAGCAACAUUGAAGGAGAGUCACAUAAGGGAGAAACCAGAUUUAUCAGUAUUGAGUUAGAUACAAUGAAAGUUUGGGCUUCUCUUUGGGAUGUCUAGCUUCACUCCAGUGUCCUAGACUGCUAGUUAAACCUUCCAUGAGUCAAUUCUUAUAUAAAUGAUUUCACGUCCAUUAUGUAUAUGAGUUCAUUGAGUUGUAAUAUCAAUUUUACUGGAUACCCUUAAUUCUUACAAUAAAACUUGUUAUCCCAGAAUA